AUGGCGGACUCUCCUCUCAACCACUCCUGGCCCUCCUUCUCCAAACUCUGGAUGAAGAGAUGGUCCUUCAAGAGAGCGUCAGAGUGUAAACCAUGCAUUGCACCCUGUGGGUCUCCAAGUGCCUCUCUCAGUGUCCCGCCUCAGGCCCCCUUCGGGACGGGGUCCUCCUCCUCACUGUCCCCCCCCUCCAUCGCUGAAGAUGCCUUCUUUGGGAGCUCCAAAAAAGACAAGGAUGCGUGUUCAGUAGUGAGCGACUACGACUGCCCCUGUGCUGAGUUGAGCAGCAGUGUGGAGGACCUGCUGGACCUCAGCUAUUCUCUCAAAGAUUCAGAGUACUUUAAAGACCUGGAGGGAGGGAUACCGGCUUCUUUUACUGCACCCACAGAGAGAAACCCCCUACCUCUCAGCCUGCAGGUGUCUCUAAACACAGACACCAAACAGCCUACACACACUUCUCUGAGCACACAUUCUCAUCGAGUCAAUGCACCAUCUUCCCCCUUCUACAUCCACCCUGCAGAGGAGCCACAUCAGAACUUUGUGGUCACUCAGUUGAGGCCGAAGUUACACCCAGGCUGCAUCAUUGACAGCGAUGAGUCCUCGGGUCCUGCAGUAGGACUGAGCCUGACCAUUAAUCUGAACAGACUGCCGGGGUCGAUGGAGACGGCUAAAGGGAUAACGGGAUCGCAGGAAGAGAAGGAGCAGGGCGGUGUGGGUUUAGACGGAGAGCUGGACGAGGACAGCUUCCCUAUUCUGGUCCGGUCCAUGUCCACGUCUCGGAGGCACAGCUUGGGGGUCCCCAUGUCCCCCAUUACCUUGGGGAGGAGGCUGAGUCUGGACACCAUGGCCACGGACAGUGAUGGAGAGAGAGAGGAAGAUGAGGAAGAGGAGGAAGGACUGAAAGGUUUCAUCCCGUCCCAACAGCAGCAAACAUACGGCUCGGGUCCCGGAGAGGAGACUGACGACUGCAGUCUGAGUGCCCCCUGUCCCAGAGCCAGAGUCACCAGCAUGGCCUGCGGAGUUCCCCGCAGACAUCUGUACUCCCGCUCAGAGAUCCUGGCCACGGACGAGUGUUCCCGCGCCGCUCACAUCUCCCGUGUUGUGCAGACAUCCAAACAGGCAGCCAGGGCGGCAGGAGCAGAAGAGUUCGACCCUGAAGAAAACCUGCACUGGACUGACGGCCAGAGCCACAUGCUGAUGGUACAGAAAGUUCUGCAGGAGCUGAAGCUGUACCACGGAGCGAAGCAGGGGAACAUCAGAUUGGACACCAAAGUUACAGGAAGUGUAACCUGGUACGAGUUCCUCUCCAAUGAGAAUGAGGAAGAGGAGGAUCGUACAGAGAAGGUGGAGAAAGGCACGAAGGUGAAGAGGACUCUCAGCUCUCUGAGGAACAGAGUGACUGGCUCCUUCAAUAAAGAUAAGGGUAAGAACCGAGAGAAGGAACAUCAGAAGGAGAAGGAGAAGGACACAGUGUGUGGCAGCAGGAGGUGUCACGGCCAUCAUCUGGUGCCGGGGUCUUUCUCCAGCUGUGCCACCUGCUCUCUGUGCAGCAAGACCCUGCAGAGGAAGCAUGGCCUGCAGUGCAUGAAUUGUGCUGUGAACGUUCACAAGAGCUGCAAGUCUCUGCUGGGUGAGUGCACCAGCAGCAGGAACAAGAGAGAUUCUCACCCGAGGAUUGGCUCGUCAGGAUCUCCUAAUCCUGCGCUGAAGCACCGGGACAGAGAGCUAACGGGCCUGGAUGGCCACCCGGGUUCUCUCGGCACCCCAGGCAUGACCAUCAGUCCGUGGGGAAACAGCACUCACACCCACAGCUCCACAGCAGCAUCCAACGCUAGCCUCCGUCACAACAACAGCUCAGGAUCCCUCCCCGGGGAGAUGGAUGAGACGGAUGCUCUCCGCUCCAAACGCUGCAACGAAGACGCCAUUUCCCUCGCUCCCUCCACCACCGAGUCCAUCAUCGUCGAAGAUGCUCACUAUGCAGCAGUGCGGGCCGAUCUGGAGUCAGAUGCUCAGGACCUGGAGGCAGAGUCGUGGAGUUCGGCAGUGGACCAGCCUUUUGUGAAGAAGCACCCCAAACAAAUGGUGAAGAGACAGGAUGUGAUAUACGAGCUGAUGCAGACGGAGAUGCACCACGUGCGGACUCUGAAGAUCAUGCUGCGCGUUUACGUCCGGGAGCUGAAGGAGAACCUGCAGAUGGACUCUGGGAAGCUGGACUGUCUGUUCCCCCGCCUGGAGAACCUCCUCGAGCUUCACACACACUUCCUGUCUCGCCUCAAAGAGCGGCGGCGAGAGAACCUCACUUCGCCCAACGAGAGGAACUACUCCAUCAACAGGGUGGCCGACAUUCUGAUCACACAGUUCUCAGGUGAGGUGGGGGGGAGGAUGAAGGAAAGCUAUGGAGAUUUCUGCAGUCACCACACCGAGGCUGUCAGCUACUACAAAGAACAGCUGCACAACAACAAAAAGUUCCAAAACAUCAUUCGGAAAGUCAACAACCUGUCCAUUGUGCGGAGGUUAGGAGUGUCCGAGUGCAUCCUGUUGGUGACGCAGCGCAUCAUGAAGUACCCGGUACUAGUGGAGCGCAUUAUCUCAAACACUGAAGCGGGAACAGAGGAGCACGAGGAGCUGACCCGGGCUCUGGGUCUGAUCAAAGACACCAUCGUUCAGGUGGACACGCUGGUUAAUGUCCACGAGAAGUGGCCCCUCUGUCAGGCAGUCUGAACGGAGACCUCCUCAUGUCCUCCGGCCUCACCACCUCCUCCCUCAGCGUCCUGGACCAGCCGAUCCCCCAGAAGCCCCUGGUGCGGGGCAGCCUGUCUGUGGCGCCGGCAGACUACGCAGAGCGGCCCGAGGUGAUGCUGCGGAGGGAGGCCAGCGCGUCCGCCCUGCCUCUGAAGACCGAGGUGCCGCUCCACCUGUUCAGCACCACCAACCAGCAGCACAAACUGCUGGGGGUGCAGCAGCAGAUCCCCACCAAGCUGGCCGCCUUCAGCAGCGGCAAGGGGAAGGGAGGGAAGAUCGGGAAGGCCUCGCAUCGCACUGACAGCAGCGCCUCAGUGGAUAUGAAGCAGAUGCUCCCCCUGAAGCUGUCCGCCCGAGACGACAAUGCCCUGAAGGCCAAGCGCUCCGUCAGCCCCAACCAGCAGUCUGCCCCCCCGCUGCCUCCUACCCUGCAUCACCACUCAGAUCCUCUCAGUCCUCCAGACAGCGGACCAGACUCCUCCAUCAGCCCCCCCCACCCUCCCAAUGUCCAGAAGCCCCCCCUGCCUCCCAGCAUGCAACACUCCCAGUCUCCCAGCAUGCCCCCCCACUCCCAGAGCACAGGCUGCCUCCAGCCGCCGGUCCUCAGCCCAAACGCCCAGGUCCAGGUGAACGUUCACGGGCUCUCACACAGCCACAGCAUGCCCCCCCCCUACAAGAUGGCCCCCGAGGACCUCAACAAGGAGGACGUCAUCUUCUUCUAGAGUCCACUCUGCUGAAAAACCACAAAAUCAAAAGAGAAAACAAUCGUGUGUCCCAAGGAGCGAUAAUGUGAUUAACGGUACGUUUAGUCUCGUGCAAACGGAGAGCAAUUAAGACUUUUUAUUGAAGACUCUUUUAACACUGCGCUUUGUUUUGAAAUGCCACUGCUCGUCUUAUUUAAUUUGUAGUUUAAUUUCUUAACUAAAGAAGAAGUAAAUGGAGGAAAACAAAGGCUUCUUGUGAGAAAAUGUUUUAAUGAAGUUAAUCAGAUCCAAAGACAUUAGCAGCAGGAGCUGAGGGGCGUUGACUGAAAGGAACGAUGUGAUGGAACAACUGUUUUAAGGUUUGGUAGUGAAGCAUGAAGAGUGAGACGAGCUUCAACCCUCUGCUGCUCCAGGACCUCAAGAAACACUUCCUGCUCCACGGUUCAUUUGCACACUGUACAUACUCCAUUCCUGACUAAUGAAUGACAUGUAUGGAUUUAAUGUGAAAUGUUUGGGCGUCCAAAUUGUGAAGAUUAAUUUCAAUUUGUAGUUAUUGUUAAAAAAGCUUAAUCAUGCUUAUAACGGAAGGCUGAUCUAGUGUUGCCACUGGUUGUGAAAAAGACGUUUUUUUUAAGGCUGUUAAUAAUCUUCAGUUCGAUUCAGUUUUUUAACGAACUCAGGGACGCCUUUAUUAUGUCGGUGCAGAUUGAUUAUGUGCAGCAAAAUGGAGAGUUUAAUGUUCAACGCAAAGACAAGCUUUUCUUGAAUUUCUUAGACGAAGCUCUUCUGAAAAAAAUAGGUUUUAUUAUGUAGUUCUUAUCCCUGCAUUAAUAAUGUCUCUAAACAACAUUUUACAAGUACAUACACUGAACAAACAAGUUUCUCCCACUAUGGCUUUGAGCUUUAACAGCAUGUUAGCUCAUUGGUCAAAGAGAACAUGUCUUAAUACAGAAAAUUAGGAAAUACAAAUCUGUAAAUGUAGUAAUUUGAAUACAUUUUUAAAGGUACAUUUUGAGCUGCUAUUGGUCCCAUAGACAUCCAGGGAAUUAACUGCACUGUGAAGACAUUAAAAAAGGCCUCGCUGAGUUCGGUGUAUUUCACAAAAUAAACUCCUAUUAGUCCCAUCUGUCUGGAAGCAGUUUACUGUACAAUCCAUGACAUUUCAUGUUUUAAGAAUGAAAUUAACAGAAAAUUCUGUGUGACAGACAAAAAAAUGUAGAAAUUCACUGAUAAUAUAAAGAAAACACAUCAACGAACAUAAAGUUAUGAUUUUGCACAAUCCAGUGGGAUAAAUGUGUUCUUCCCCUCAGAGAACAGACACGUUAAGACAGAUUUGUCGGACAAAUGAGCACGGUGUUAUCCAUCAGUCUGCGUUAAGUGGCUUCAUAAUAAUGCACAUCUUCCUCUUUACCCACGAGUGCACAAACACACAAUUGGUCCGAUUUUUAAAGUGAAUAAAUUAUGUCCUAAAGUCAGGAAAAGUAAUGUUUCUGGAAGCUGGACUUGUUGCUGCAUGACACGGUACAUUUGUCAGGAUGAGGGCCGGUGUUUUUGUUUCUUUUCAUUUCAAGAUGUCUGUGUUUUAUUGAUUCCUGAUGACGUUUCAUUUGCCAGGUUUUAAAUCUCCACGCCUGAUAGAAAAGCCAAACUAUGACCAGGUCUUUAUCUCUAUUUCAGAAGGAAUAUGCAAUGCCCAUCGUCAUAGUCGACAGAUUCAUGUGUUUUGAAACCUGUCAGAAAAAGUCCCUGAAGCUGUGAUUGCUCGCUGGAGUGUUUCUGUAUAUUUUGUACAUUGUUGUACAUAGUGUUUGUGAUAUGUUGUGCGCCGCCUGCCCUCUUACACUCUCUUAUGUUUUGACAUUUGACAUGUAUUAAGAUGUCAGCCAAAAGUCUGUUUGUGCACAUCUGUAUACACACUUCACUACCGUCUGUCCGGCUUGGUGACACUCAGUUGAAUGAAAACACAAUCAGUCGUUGCUGUUGUUCUGAUGAGCUGAACAUGAAGGUAUUUAAUGUGUUGAUGUCGUAGCAUUAAGGCAGAGUCCGUCGUCUUUGUCCUGCGAGUUUUAAAACAUAAUGUAGCAUCCUAGACACAAAACCAUGCGCUUGUUUCAGUCGGUUAAACCAAAGACACACUCGGCUGUUUGAAGGAUGAGAUAUGUAAAAAUAUCCUCCAGGGAGUUUCCAUAGCAAGUGUGUUUACAGCGCAUUGUAGUCCUGCUCAUGUCCGGAUUUAGGUCUAAUUAUUGGGUUUAUAUAUUUGUUUUUACGUCCUCACGUACAGAUCACAAACAUCUCUUCAUUCGUGAGUUUGUCAUGAAGAAACACAAGAUUUAAAGCGGUGCUUUUGCAUGAAUCUUUGAGGUGAAACUCAGUUUAAAUAAACCACUCUGUUAGUUAACUGAAUUUCCUAGAGCAUACAACACAAACUAUACAUCAUAAGUGAUGUUGAGUUGUCCCAGUAUGGCGCCAGGCCCAACUAUCGCAUCUGAUUUUCAGGAUAUGAGCUCCUCUGAUACAGCUGUGGAAGAUAUUGUAUUCAUUGUACACCAGGGGUGUCAAACUCAAGGCCCGGGGGCCAAAUCCGGCCGUGACUUCAUUUUCUGUGGCCCCACAACAGCUCUGAAAGAAUAUGUUUGUUAUACGGUUACAUGCCGAUUUACAGAAGCGUUGCCCGUAAACUACAUGUCCCACAAUGCAUCUCAAAUUUGACGUUUUUUCUUCAAAAAUAUGCCUUUUAUCUUAGAAUUUGCCUUUUUCUCAGAAUUUGACUUAUUUUUCAAAAUGUCACCUUUUUUUGUGACUUUUUUCCAGAAUUUGGCUUUUCUUUUUAAAACAUUUUGUGACAUCCUCACUGAAGAGACUUGCUAUUAUUUUCCAUAGACUUCUGCUUUCAGAUGUAGUUAAUUAUGAAGUUAUUACCCUCUCCGAUAAUAAUAAUACAAUGCAGAGGCAAUAACAUUAUUUUAUAUAUAUUAAAUAUUUAUAUAUGUAUUUUUAUAUAGUCUUAAAGUUACAACCGGCCCUUUGAGUGCAACCAUCAUGCUAAUGUGGCCGUGAUGAAAUUGAGUUUGACACCACCUUGUUAACCCAACAAUGUAAUAUCAAUGUGCUUGUGAACAUACUUGCUGGUUCUCAGUCAUAAAAGAACGUACAAAUCUUUCCAGACUUCAACAACACAACGUCCACUUUCUAGCUUUUAAUUCCAGGAGUUCUCCACCAUGUCACACUUUCUUCAUCAGCGUAGUGAAGCCAAUUCUUAACUUAAAGGCUAGCACGUACAAGAAGUCUGUUGUAAAUCAUUGCAGCUGCAGAUAAGUUGCAAGCAAAAUAUUUUUUUUUUAUCAAACGACUAUUUCCAAUGAUACAAAUGACCUUUCAUGCUUGACUUUUCCAAGAUAUUCCAAUGUCGGUCCAUUUAUCGUGUGUUUUAGGUGUGUUUAAUCCUGAAUGAAGGAUAUAGGCAGCAGGAAAAUUGGUGUAAGAGCCCUUUAGUUCUGCUCCAGGUACGAGACUGUUAGUAAACCUCAACACGAGGUGGUGCUGCCUUUUUAAAGCCGAUCAACUUGAGUCUUAAAUGUUCUUUUGCUGAAGCUGUUUUAAAGCUUGGAAGCCAGUCAGUCACAUCACUGUGUGUGUGUGUGUGUGUGUGUGGUGUGUGUGUGUGUGUGUGGUGUGUGUGUGUGUUGUGUGUGUGUGUGUGUGUGUGUGUGUGUGUGUGUGUGUGUGUGUGUGUGUGUGUGUGUGUGUGUGUGUGUGUGUGUGUGUGUGUGUGUGUGUGUGUGUGUGUGUGUGUGGGUGUGUGUGUGUGUGUGUGUGUGUGUGUGUGGUGUGUGUGUGUGUGUGUGUGUCACCAAAAACACAGCAGAAACAUUUCCAAAUGACUUGUUUCCAGUUAUGUAUACGCACAUAUUGGACCUGUAAUGUGUAAAUAAUCAUGAACAUAUUUUAUUUCCUCUGCCAAUUUUACACCCGUCACUUUGGAUAGUAGCGUACUUGAAGGGGAAAAUGAAUGUUUAUUGUUAUUAUUAUUGUCUGUGAACUUUUAUUUACCAAGAUUUGUCUAAUGACGUUUGUAGCACACAGCAAAACUGAUUUUUAAACUGUUUUAUUUGAUUCACUGUGAGACGUUAGAGCGACCUGUGGACACAAACUGCUGCCUUAGAGAGAGUUUAGUCAUAUUAAAAAAAAAAGUCUUGAAAUU